AGCGCGAUCCCCGGCACCUCAGCCCUGCAGGCACAUGAACCAUCCAUUGGCCAAUUUCCCAAGCCCUGUCAGCCACGGGGUGUUUUUGGCUUUCUUCUGCCCACUUGCAUCGCGCGAGUCGACGCCACUUGAACCAUGGCAGCCCAGCCGGGUCCAUCUCUGACGACCGAUCCAGCCGCCGAUCGAUCUGCCGUCAGUGCGGCGGGCCCGGACCCGGCGGUUCCACCUGCCGACGAUGAUACCGUUGCCGACGGCGACGUGCCCGAACCACAUGACAAUGAGUCGGGGUCUGUUGGAUCUAGUGCGGAGUUCAGCAACUUCUCUGUCGAAUUGAGUGUUGACCUUGACGACGAUGGCCGGAUUCAUUCGGCAUCAGAUUCUGCGACGGGAGCGUCUCCCUCCAGCGUCUCCGUGAGCUCGUCUGUGUACAAGUUUGUCACGGAAAAUGGCCGGACCUUUCACAAGUAUAAGGAAGGGAAGUACUAUCUUCCAAACGAUGAGAAGGAGCAACACAGAUUAGAUCUUCAGCACGCCAUUUCAAGAUGGUUGUUGAAAGGCAAGCUUGGAUUAGCCCCUGUACAGAAUCCCAAACGUGUGCUCGACGUCGGGACUGGCACGGGCAUCUGGGCAGUUGAGUUUGCUGAGGAGAACCCCGACUCGGAGGUGUUAGGGACCGAUCUGAGCCCAAUCCAACCUGACUACCUACCGCCCAACUGCCGAUUUGAGAUUGAUGAUGUCGAAGAUGAAUGGGUCUUCCACCACAAAUUCGACUACAUCCACGGCCGCUAUCUAUUGCUGUUUCUCAAGGAUUGGAACCACGUCUUCAAAUCCUUCUACAAGAAUCUGCAUCCCGGGGGAUGGGCUGAAUUCCAGGAGAUCAUUAUCUGUUUCCAGUCCAUUGACGGCUCCAUUGAGGGCACCGCCCUGCAACGGUGGAACACCCUCCUCCUUGAAGGCAUUCGCAAGAUGGGCCGCAGGCCGACUGAGGCACUGCGCUGCAAGAAGUGGAUGGCAGAGGCAGGGUUCGUCAACAUCAGCGAGAAGAAGUUCGCCGUUCCCAUGAACCCCUGGGCAAAGGGUAAAGUGCAAAAGGCUCUCGGCGCCAUGCAAAUGGCAAACAAUCUCGAGGGAGUCGACGGUCUUACCAUGACCGUUUUUACACGAUCGCUCGGCUGGACACCAGCGCAGGUCGAGGAAAUGCUUGUCGAUGUCAAGAGAGAUAUGAAGGACCGCAGCAUACACGCCUACAUUACCGUGGUUGUCGCUUGGGGACAAAAGCCCUACGAGUAGUGCUGUAAGUCAGCUGGGACUUGAGGGAUUAUUGUACUUGGUGUAAUCAUGCUCUCGCAGAGUUUUGUUUUCUGCCGUUUCAUUGACUACCAGGUUGUAUCCUUCGAGAGCCUGCGGAUUUCGGCGUCGCGCUCGGUCAUUUUUGACGACUUGGGCUAUUGGGAUCUGGCAGAUCCUGGAUGGAUACAAAGAUAAACUACUGUAUAUAUCGGAUUGAAAUGUUGGGAGCGGCAAUCAUGGAAACUUGCUGAACUC